UAUGCUGACCAUGGACAUAUUUGUUACCUCUUAAACAUUUACAUGCCAAAUUUGGUUCUAUUUGGUGGAUUGGUUCUCGAGCUGUGCGAAAUUUAUGUUUCUUUUGUAUGGGACCCCUCCCUUUUAAAAGAGAGAGGGGCGUCAAACUGUUAUGGAUAUAUUUGAUACCGCUAAAAACAUCCACCUCCCCAAUUUGGUUCCAUUUACUUGGUUAGUUUUCGAGAUGUGCAUGAAUUUGUGUUUCAUUUGUAUGAAACCCCUCCCUUUUAGUAGAGAGAGGGGUGUCAAAUCAUUUUGGAUAUAUUUGAUACCCCUAAAAAUGAUGUGCAUGAAUUUGUGUUUCAUUUGUAUGGAACCCCUCCCUUCCAGAAGAAGGAGGGGUGUCAAACCAUUAUGGCUGAUUUUGUUACCCCUUAAAACAACCACCUGCCAAAUUUGGUUCCAUUUUCUUAGUUAGUUUUCGAGAUGUGCAUGAAUUUGUGUUUCAUUUGUAUGGGACCCCUCUCUCCAGAAGUGGGAGGGUUCUCGAACUAUCUUAGUCGCCUUUCUCGGCCCCUAAAACCCCUAUAUACAAAAUUUCACGCCAAUCGGUUCAGUAGUUUCCAAGCCUAUAUGGAAUAGACAGACAGACAGACAGUCAGACAGAGCUUCAUUUUUAUAUAGCCUAUAUGUAAGAAAUAGCCAGCCACACAAGCAGGGCAUAUUUUUCUCUAAUAACCCCUUUAGUCCAAUUCUCCGUGUUCAGUUGUUAGUGGAAAUCUUCUUUCACUUUCGGCCAAUACUCUUAUAAACUUAUUCCAGUAAAAAUCAUCACAUGUUAAAACUAACGUCUCUUCGCUGUCGCUGUCGAUCUCGAAACAUGAACACAUAUCACUCGAUAAUAAUAUACCACGUUAAAUUAGAGGUUCAUCGAAUGCCCAGAUAAUGCCUUAAAUGUAGGUAUGAUACAAAACUCGGAAAGUGUUAGAGAAAAGCUAUUCUUCUAAUAGAAGUUUGUUAAUAAUCCUACACGACAAAAUCGCGUACUGGAUUUCACCUUAUAUGAUUAUAAUUAUAUCUUAUGAUAAAAAAUACACGAUCGAUCGAAAAAAAGCAGAGCAAAAUAAACGCGUUAAAACUUCCAUUCCUUCGUAGCGCUUUGACUCACCGACAAACAGAGUGAAUGAAAGCACACCCAGGAAUAGGGUACUUUACACCACUCCACCGGCUUGGAGACAAUGUGCAUGCCCCGGGCCUGCCAACUGUAACUUGUCAGUGUCAAACUGGCUUUACAUAAGGCACCAACCGACCGGCAGGAUAAACACCCAACAGACACACUUUUGCACAUUCGUUACAGCCGUUUCAGCAUCUACAACAGUGCUGUGUGCUAGAAUAGUUGGUUGGGCCGAAAAUUGGAUUUUUUUGCUCACACCAUUCGAACAACUUGGGGUUGAUUGUAGGGGGAAGUAAAUUGCGGUUCACGAGUUGCAAAGCCAAAGUUUAUUGCUGUUCUGAUAAGAAUUUAAGGGUUGAAAAUACAAGAAAAAAUAUCAUUUAUCAGGAAACGUCACUUGGUUUUUUUUUGUUGUAUUAAUUGGAACGUCGCAGUAUAUAUAGAAACAACGAAGCCCUGUCGACAGGCCGGCGUGAAAACGUGUGCAAUAGAAUCGGUUUGCAACACACACAGCACACUUACUGUUCAGUGAAAGCCAAUGCCAAUGCGAAAGUCGACCAGCGGCCUUCGGUGGUUGUUCAUAAUUCCACUGGCGUUCAUUCAUUCGUCAACGGUUGCGGAAAACGAUUCCGGAUGCCACCCGAGUGACACCCAAGUGAUUGAACAAUCUAUUAACGUUCUUCUUCAUUAAUUCGGAAGCAGGCAUACGAAAGUCGGAAUAGUUGUUAUCGCGUGCGUGAUCGAUGUUCACUGUUUUUAGUUUAACUAAAUCAAAUCGCUCGGUUAAGUGAAAUAAGUGUAAAUGUUUAAAAUUAUCCAUUACAAAAAGAAUCAGUGCUUGCAAGUGACGAACUAGUUCAUGAAUACAACGAAUAAACUUCAUCAAUCAUCCCAGUCACAGCAAGUCCGUUCGGAACGACAGGCCGUCAAGCGGAGGCAAGCUCAUCAGCAAGUGGUGCGACCUCUGGAAUCCGCAACAGCGGCAGCAAUCAGCGGGAAAACAGCAACGGCAACAGUUGGAAAAGAAACAACAGCACACCCUGCCGUUUUUGAUUCCAGUACUGAUCGACUAUCGCAGCUUUCCAACGUUGGCCAAGCAGUCCCGGUUCUAUUGACCGAUCUUCCGCCUUUACCUCCUGGAAAGCUAACUUCGGAGGUUAACCAAACCGUCGCAGAUACCAAGUCGCAACCCGUGGCAACGGUGGUGACUACCAUCUCUGCCACCACAACAACAACCACAACGACUAAUCCCUCGAUUGGCCAGCCGGUGCCGUUCUCGCUGUACAAGACAAUCAAUACCGUUAUCAAAAGCGGACGCAAGAUAAUCAUACGUGUGUGUGAAGUGACCAAUGUGAAAACCAAGCUGAAAAUGUUCAAUCUGUACUCGACAAUGCACAAGCGCAACGGCGCUGAGGAUAAGGAUACGCGCGAAAUGGGAACCACCGGCCAUGACCGGUUCUGCCAGGAGCGUCCCUCAAGGUCCAGCUAUCGCCGAAAAAGGCGAAAGAUGCGCCGCGCUCAGUCGGCCGCAGAAUUCAGCGAACCGCGUACGGAAAUUCCGACGGCAGCUGUCAGCAAGCGUAUGCUGUUUAGAGGUCGCUCGGUUAGCUCGGACCAGGAUAAUAACUCCGAGUCAGAACAUUCCGAACGCUCCCCAUUGGUCAGUGCCAAGCUGGACUCGCUGGCCAAACUGCUCUUCAGUCGCAGCAUUCAUCAAGAUGGGACCAGUGCGGCAUCGAAAGACAAUGACUCUCCGACAAGGAACAGUGUUCGUUACCAGUACACAGCGCUGGACAAUGGAAUCGGCGCUCCGGACCGAAACCCACGGGAGCGAGCAGCACGCGAUCGGGCGUUCGCCGCCUGUCAAGACUGGCUGCAGAAUACGGGAGGAAGGUACGAAUCGAUAGCGCACCUAGAUGAUAUCGGUAAUCGACCGAACAAGCACUGGUUCCUGUUGAAUGAUUGCACGGUGCGCACGGAUCGUCUGAUGACAUUGCUCCCUUUACCUUCUGAUUGCAUUGCCUUAGAGGAGCUUCCCCCGUCCGAAUGCCCGCAAGGUGUCCUAAUGGAGCUGCUCGGGUCGCUACAGCAUCCAUACAUAUAUCCGGUGUUAGAUUUAGGUUUUUUUCCGACUGACACUCAUCAUUACGCGUGUCUCGUAAUGCCGUUCAACCCACGUGGGAGCUUAAAGGAUCUCAUUUACAAGUCUCAGUGGAACGAGCCGUGGAGCCGAAAAUACACGCGAAAGUCCACGUGCCUGCCCCUGUCACAGGUACAGCGACUAGGACGUCAAAUAUUAGAAGCAUUAUUAUUUCUGAAGGAGCGCGGUAUACCGUCGCACGGCCAUUUGCAUAGCGGAAACGUUAUACUCCAGAAUGGUGUGGCCAGAUUAUCCGGUCUGGAGAACGGUCUGCUCGGGCUAAACUCCCGGGUCAACGCAGUGGUAUGGGCGCAUACCGCACCGGACAUCGACAACAUCGACGUCAUCUGCUUCGGCCACUUGCUGUUCGAGAUGUGUGCUGGCUAUGAACUAUCCUCGCCGCAGCCAACGCCGGGCCACUAUCAGCUGGAUCUCGAACGCUACCCACAGGUUGCCGAUGUUUUGCAGAUGAUAUUCGAAUCACCGGAUGGUCGAUAUCCGACAGUUGAAGAACUGGUCCUUUGUGAUAUAUUCCGCAAUAUCGAUUUAAGAGAACUGCGAGGAACUUGUGUGCCUUCCUUUAAACAUGGCUUGAGUCGCUCGACGAUGAGUCUGCUGAACGCCGUACGAAGACGACAGGGUGCGAUACUAAGCGGAUCUUAUAGCGAAGGCAGCUCGCCGUGUACACCACCGUCUACCCCACGUGAGCGGAAAACUGGUGACGUAGAAUCCUCCGAUCUGUCUAGUAGUGAUUCCGAAGAUCUGUUAGAUGAAAUAGUUAUAGCGUCAGCCCGUAUCGACGAACCCGCCCAUUACGAUCCACUCAGCUCGCCGAUACAUUACUGUGACAAUAGCGUUCACUCGGACGAUAACAGCAAUAGUAAUACAAUCAUUCGUAUAGAUUCGAUCGAGUCCGAGGGUGCGACGUCGUCGUCCACUGGCUCGAUACAGCCGCAGCAGUUGAAUCCAUCAUCGGCGUACAAAAAUCUGAAGUCCCGUCGCAUGGAAUACAGCCGCCGGGGAAUGAUUCUUGGGCUCAGCAAUCCUUCGCAAGACUCCGCCUUUGGUUCGAUGACCGACGGCGAGUCGUCUCGGGCGUCCAGCUUUAAACUCAGUAGCUUUGCAUCGAUGAACUCACCGAUCGACGAGGGAGUUGAAGAUUUGCUAGCGGAAGGCGGUACCGAUACGCUAGCGACUACCAUGGCAGGCCUCAAAUAUAUAGAUUCGACCGGUUCGUCCCCUUGUCACGAUCUACACGCCAGCAAUUCGCUUAAAGAAACUCAACCCGGUUCAUCCUCUUCCCGUGAUAUUUCCCCGAACCAUUCGGCUCGCUACUUGGAACCUCCAAAACUUGUUAUUAACAAUCAUUCAUCGUCGACCACGAACGCCUCACUGUGUUACACUUCUUCACCACUCCGUAAAUGUGCCACAACCGAAGUAUUCUCACAAAAGUACAGGGUGUCUUCGUUUGAAGACAUGUCCUAUUCAUCUCGUAUGGCCAAUAAAUCUAUUAAAAACAGCAGUCAGAAAAUUUUUCGUUCAUUCGAAGAAGAAAGACGCAUCGACUCUGCAUUCAUGCCUAUCGAUACCACGUGCUCUAGUAUUAGCAGUCGCGUCAGCCAGCAACGGCAGCAACAACAAACUAAAUCACGUCACCAAUCAUCCAGUCAAUUACAUCAUCAGCUGUCAUUACCACCGAUGCUGACUCCUACGUCGCCCAAGCAACUAGUGAGUCCCGCGCAAUACAAUCAUCUGCUAACGAAGAAGAAAAAUGCUUCGUUCCAGAAUCUUCAGAGCAUAACCGCAGCUCGAGAAAAAACCUGCCAGUGGCGAACCAAAAUGAUCAAAUCGAACGAAUGUCUAUUCGAAACUUCCUUCAAUCUGUCCCCGUCAUUACCGGCCCCACAUGAGAUAGAACGAUUGCUUAGCCACGGAAACUCAACCAACGAACUUUCAACAAUAUCUCCGUCGGCGACGCAAACAGAAACCGAACGCUUCAUCUUGACUCCGGAACCUAUCGCAACACACCCCAGACGGUCACGUGCGGAUCGACAACAGCUGUUCAGCUUGGCGAAAUUUAAACACAGUACUAUACUGGAUAGCAUAUCGUUGGACGAUUUCUCCGAAGAGGACAAAAGACCAACUACGAGUAGUAUAUCGAACAGUUCCACUAAAAGCUACUCGUCGAACGAUCGAACUGAGCUGAACGCACGGAAGCUGGACAAUUCGUCUACGGAUGAUACCAGUGAUCAGGAUAGUAGCAGCGUUACGGAGUCCUUGCUAAAAUCGCCAAUACAACAACGAAGAUCGAGUUGCAGCAGUGCGACUGAAGCUCGCAAAUACUUGGACGAUAACGUAGGAAGUGACGGGGGCUUCGGUAGCGGAAACGAGGAAAAGACGCCUCUUCUUGACGCGAUGGAACUGUCGCCUAUUUCUCCUACUGAGUCGGAACAAAUGUUGUGAUAAUAUAAUAGUUUUGUAAACUAUUUUUCUAACAGUUUUAAUUCUGUUCAAUUUGAAGUGCUAGUUUAGAGAUACUGAAACAAAAAUAAAACAAUAUAACAUUAAAAAGUAACAAGCGCGUAAAAAAAGGUGUUCUAUCAUCCAAUUUCGGCUAGAAAUUCGGAGGAAAAAAUCACGAGAACGAUACAGGUUUUUUGAACGUGUAGUAAAAUAUUCCCUAAUCGAGGAGCUGCGAAAUUUUCCAUCGCAGCUGAAUCGUUGAUCUAAGAAAAUAGUAGCUCAAUUUUAUAACCCCUUCAAUAGCAAACAUCUAGGAUCGCUUUGAAAAUAUUCUCUUGAAUAGCCUAACCAUGAUUCAAUCUCUCAAGUACAACUCUUUAGCGAAAACUGUUAUAUUCGGAACAAAAAUAAGAGCAUUCUAAUGAUAAUACCAGAACUUCAUUAACUUUUUUGAGGCGACAAUUCAAGCGGAAGGGAAACAUGUUCGAACUGAAUGCUUCAGCAAAAGUGGUAGCCAAUAAUACAAACACCUGACACUUACACGAAUGUCAAUCAACUACAGUAAAAUCAGUAUUCAAACAAUAAAUAAAAUGAUAAAGGAAUGAGAGCGUUUCUUUUAGCGUAAGUCUAUAUUUGUUUAAAGAAAAUAAAAUCUAUAGUUGUUAGAGGUAUACCGAGCAAACUGUCCAGUGAUGAUGUUUCUAUAUAUACAUAGGAUAUAUCGCGUAAAAUGUAAACAAACGAAGGAAUAAAUAUGAUUAAACAUAAGUUAGACGACAAAUUGGACAAGUGGUCGAUUGUUAUCAUUUUCUUAGUCUAUUGUUCAGAUCCAAAUAGCCAUUAGUGGUGAGCAUAGAACGCAACCUUCGUUUUUUACCAUCAAAUCGAAUCGAAAGUGACACUGUCAACGAAUGAUUGCAUAAAAUUGUUUGGCCCUCAAAAAAUCUAACGAAACAUCUUAUUCAGUAACUGUUUCAGAUGUUAUUUUUCUUGUUCAUGCUGAAGUUUAAAAAUAUUCUAAAAUUACUCUGUCUGUUAUGCCCAAAUUGUUGCAAAUUGGUUUUCGAGAAAUUUUCAAUCAAUCGACUUUCGGAAGCAACAUGAACUACACUUUUAACCAUUGUAGCGCUGAAAAACAACCUGAAACCGUCCCAAUAUGAUCAAUUACUUAAUCACUUCGAAUGUAUCUAUAAAUAUUUUUAUUCAUUGAACAAGUUGUCACUGUUUUUGUAAUACGAACGAUGUUCCAUUACACCAACCAAACUAACCAUACACUAAACCCCGGUUGUGUAGAUUGAUUUUGUAAAGUUAAACCAAACAGAAUAUAAAACUAGUGUCGUAUGAUGUUGAUGAGAAUGGUUUUAAAGGUUUUAACUUACACAAACACACACAAACACAUCUAAAGAUAAAAAAGACUGCGGUCUUUUCCCAAAUAGAGGCCAUCAAGAUACCGUACGACAUUUACACGACUAUUUAUUUCCGGGUCCAAACUACAUGGAAAAGGAUACAUGUAUAAAAAUAGAUACGAUAAAACGAGCCAAAAGACAGUAACUCAACUGAGACGGUUGCUCUUGAGAAACCAAACGAUAUUCAAAGUGAGUCAGAAUUUACAGACGACACAUAUUCAUAUAAAACACUUUCCGCCAGUAAAAAAAAGCACUAGCACUAGCCCGUAAGUGCAUCAGAAGCAUGCAAUAGAUCUAAUAAAUUUAAAAAUAACUGCAAAUCCAGACUCUCCGAGCUUGACGUUUAAUGCAAUAAGAGAUAAAAUUGUCAUCCUGCAGCAGGUGUACCAUUUCAAACUUCAGAAGUUCCCUCACAAUUAAACAGACCAGUGAUCCUUAACACUGCUAGAGAUUGUAACCUAGAAAGAUAGCUAACUUACACACAUCGAAUAGACACAUCUGACUCCAAAGUCGUUGGAGAUGAUCUAUUGACAAAACAUCAUUCCAUAUAAUACUCGUUGAAAGGUUCUUUCGACAAAAGCGAAUUUUCCGUGUAACCCAGUACAUACUUCAGAAUUGAUUGCAAAUCAUAUCAGCAGCAGCAAGAAAUAACAUAGCAAUAAUAAUAAAAACAGAAAUCUUUAAGCCCA